GCUCUCUCCUUUGUGCGUAAUCCCUUGAACCCUUAGCAAAACCAAAAAAGAGAUAUGCUUCUCCAGCCUUCAUCGUUGUACAACAACCGCGUUUCGAUCUCGUCAACCUCUUCUUUCUCCCGGCGGCCACCAUGCCAUAUUCCCCGGUUCAUCCUUUCGAAAACCCGAACUCUCCCGAACCUCCCAAUCAAAUGUUCCAUCUCACAAGUCCAUAGCUAUGGAACAGUGGACUUUGAGAGAAGACCCAUGGUCAAAUGGAACGCUUUGUACAGGAAAAUAUCUCUCAUGGAAAACCCUGAAUUGGGUUCCGCCUCUGUGUUGAAUGACUGGGAAAAAGGCGGCAGGAAGCUCACCAAGUGGGAACUUUGUAGGGUCGUCAAAGAGUUAAGGAAGUAUAAGCGUUACAAGCAAGCCCUUGAGGUUUACGAGUGGAUGAACAACAGAGGAGAGAGGUUUAGAUUUUCUGCUAGCGAUGCCGCUAUUCAAUUGGACCUUAUUUCUAAGGUGCACGGAGUUUCAAGUGCCGAAGAUUACUUCCUUCAACUCUCCGAUACUUUGAAGGACAAAAGGAUCUACGGAUCCCUUCUGAACGCCUAUGUGCGGGCAAGAAUGCAAGAAAAGGCAGAGUCUUUAAUCGAUAAUAUGAGGAAUAAAGGUUAUGCCUUGCAUCCACUUCCGUAUAAUGUGAUGAUGACUCUAUAUAUGAACCUUAGGGAGUACGAUAAAGUUGAGUCCAUGGUUUCAGAAAUGUUGGCCAAAAACAUUCGUCUAGAUAUAUAUUCCUACAACAUCUGGUUGUCAUCUUGUGGGUCACAAGGAUCCGUAGAAAAAAUGGAACAAGUACAUAAACAGAUGAAAGAAGAUCGAAGCAUCAAUCCGAACUGGACUACAUUUAGCACAAUGGCAACUAUGUAUAUCAAGAUGGGACUGCCUGAAAAGGCCGAAGAAUGCUUGAGAAAUGUAGAGAGUAGGAUCACUGGCCGGGAUCGUAUACCAUAUCAGUAUCUUAUUACUCUAUAUGGUAAUAUUGGUAAUAAAGAGGAGGUUUAUCGGAUAUGGAAGGUUUACAAAUCUAUUUUUCCCAGUAUUCCGAAUUUGGGUUAUCAUUCCAUGGUCUCAUCUCUGGUUCGGGCCAAUGAUAUCGAAGGGGCAGAAAGGAUUUACGAAGAGUGGCUAUCAGUUAGAACAUCUUAUGACCCUAGAAUAGCAAAUCUUCUCAUGGGGUGGUAUGUCAAAGAAGGAAACAUGGAUAAAGCUGAGAGCUUUUUCAAUCACAUGGCUGAUGUGGGAGGGAAGCCUAAUUCAAGCUCAUGGGAGACUCUUGCUGAAGGGCAUAUUGGAGUCGCCAGAAUCGAUGAGGCUUUAUCUUGCCUAAAGGAAGCUUUUGCAACCGAAGGCUCGACAAGUUGGAAGCCAAAGCCCUCCAAUAUUUCUGCAUUCUUUAAUCUAUGUGAAGAAAAAGCAGACACAGAAAGUAGGGAUGUUUUGAUGGGAUUAAUACAGCAAGCAGGAUAUCUAAAAAAUGUAGCUUAUGCAUCACUAAUUGGAUUAUCCGAAGAUGCUGUUGAAGAUCUAAAUAACCGUUAUAGUUCCAACGAUGAGAAUGAGGAUGAUGAUUCUGAGGUGCUUCUCAACCAACUGCAGGUCAGUACAUGAUAACCGUUAUGUAAAUCUUAGGUGCAGGGAAAGUCUUUAUCUAUCGUUUCAUUGAAGUCGUGAGUUAGCAUAUCCGUUGAUGUUGGCAAGGACGAACUUAUAGCUAUUUCUCCAUUCAUUUGUGCCGAUGAAAGCUUAACUCAGCAGCUGAAAACCCCACCUAAAUGAAGUCUUGCGGGUGCUCGUUUUAACCA